AUGACGGCUCAACACCUAGAGGAAAUGCGGUCGCGGUACGGGUUUUGCGGCGAGCUAAGGGCGCCAGGACCCGAAGAUCGGCCAUGGCAAGCUCCAGAGGGCUGGGUUACGCUCUACGAGGCGUGGUUCAGUCUUUGUCAUCUCUGGGUACCUCUGCCGAGGUUGCUAACGGACUACGUCGAUCGGCGACAUAUCGCCUUCUCGCAAAUCCUUCCAGCGAGGAUCCGUUUUAUGGUCGCGGCUCUAUUAUUUGGGAGCAAGGUCGGGGUCAACGUCGACUGGCGUUUCUUCGAGGAAAUGACUACCGUCCAGAAGAACAACUCGAUCCCGGGUACCUACACCAUAAAGGCCAGAAAGGAUUGCUCCUUGGUCUAUCCUGUCAAUAGAACGCCGAGCUGGGAGGCGUCACUCUUUUACGCGAAGAUUAACGAAGCGUUGGUCGUCGACACGACCAGAGAUUUUAGAAACGAGUGGAGCAGAAGCAUCGAUCGGAACGUUCAGCUCGACGCGUAUCCAGAGAAUUACCACAAAAACCUUCAGAAGAUUAGGGCUGUUGGGAUACGUCAUUGGCCCGAGAUACAUCGCCGAAGAGUUGAAGCCGCCAUUAUGCGCAUUACAAACGCUAGUUGGAGAAGAGAAAACCUUCUAAGGGAGAGAUCGAUCGAGAUGGCUCCAAUUCAAGUGAACGCGCCUAGCCUUGCUGCACGGCUCAGAGCCAGUCGCGAGAGAGGGGGGAACAGAAACCAGCAGUCCUCUGCUCAAUCGGAAGGCGGGGUCCAAACCCAGAUCGAUGAGCCUGAAGCGGAGGUUUCAGCCGUCGAGGAAACGGAUGAUGCUGCGAGGCAGGCGAGGAAGGAGGCAAAGAAGCAAAAGAGGAAAGAGAAGAAGAAGAAGGAAAAGGAGGAAGCCGAAUCUGCACGACUUGCCGAGGAGAGGAGACAAGCUGAGGCCACCAAAACGGCGGCGAAGGAGAAAAAGAGGAAGCGAUCCUCCGACGAAUUGGACGAGGGCGGUGGUGUUAAUUGUGAGGAGCCCAGUAAGCAGCUGAAGGUUGGUUCCUCUAGCAGCGAUAAGGUUCGGGAGAUCGAUUGGAGCUUUAAAUUUGAUUACCCCGAAUCGGGCGAGCCUUUCGUCAAUAAUGUUGAUAAGUGCGCUGAGCUCUUCGAUUUGAUAAGGGGGUCGACUUCUGAAGUCCCCGUUGGCGAGAAUGCGGCUUUCAAAGACAUGGCGAGCUUCACCUUUAAGUUCAUUGCGAGCUGUAAUCGGACGAGGGGUCAAUAUCACCGUCUCCUCCGGGCCGCUACUACAAAGCUCUGGAACGCUCAAUCCGCCGGCCAGAGAGCCGUAAAUGAGCGUGAUGCUGCAAUUUCCCAGCGGAAGCUGGCCGAGGAGAACUGGCAGGUCGAGAAGAGACACGCCACGCAAUUGGAUGAAGGUGUGAAGACGUUGUCCGACAAGCUCGAGGAACUAAAGGUGGAGAACCAGGAUCUGAUUAACAACCUCCAAACGGUCAACGAGGGGAAGAUUCAGGCUGAGAGGUUGGUUGCUGCUGAGACCAAGUUCUCGGGUCGCAUUGAUCGGCUAAGGACCUUCAUUGCUGAACAAGAGGCCAUUGUGAAGGUGAAGCUCAAUCUUGUCCAGGCUCGAGGUACUCUCGAGUGUCUCGAUAUCCUAAAGGAUAAAGAGAUGACGGAAGCCGAGCUGAUGGCUGAGCUGGAGGCAACCAAACGCGAGUGCGAGCUGAAACUCGAGGGACUCCGCCUUGCUGAUCUUGAGGAAGGUGAUUUGCCUCCACCGUUUCCUGAGACCCCGGAUGGUGGCUCGGACUACAAUGAUGCCAAUGAACAGGAAGAUCGCGAUGAUGGCACUCAGCCUGGGGAGUAA